AUGAUUAUUGCUGCUGAGUUUGUCCGGGACUGGCUGCCGAGCGUGUGUCACAGAUCUCCCCCGGCGAGGAGCGGCCAUCGGUGCGUGGCGGACAACGCCAACCUCUACGUGUUUGGGGGCUACAAUCCUGAUUACGACGAGUCCGGUGGGCCGGAGAACGAGGACUACCCGCUCUUCAGGGAGCUCUGGCGGUACAACUUUGCCACGGACACCUGGCAUCAGAUGGGCACGGAAGGCUACAUGCCCAGGGAGCUAGCCUCCAUGUCACUCGUAUUGCACGGCAACAACCUGCUCGUGUUCGGGGGCACCGGAAUCCCCUUUGGUGAGAGCAACGGCAACGACGUCCACGUCUGCAACGUCAAAUACAAGAGAUGGGCCCUGCUCAGCUGCCGAGGGAAGAAACCCAAUCGAAUCUACGGCCAGGCCAUGGCCAUCAUCAAUGGUUCCUUGUACGUGUUUGGUGGGACCACCGGUUACAUCUACAGUACCGACCUGCACAAGCUAGACCUCAACACCAGGGAGUGGAUCCAGCUGAAACCAAACAACAUGUCCUGCGACAUGCCAGAGGAGAGGUACAGGCAUGAAAUCGCACACGAUGGUCAACGGAUUUAUAUCCUGGGAGGUGGAACUUCCUGGACAGCUUACUCCUUAGAUAAGGUACGCUGCGUCAUCGUAGUGCUGGCAGAGCCAAGAGCAACUAACGGCUCCUCUUUGCUCCUUCAGAUCCACGCGUACAACCUCGAGACCAACACCUGGGAGGAAAUUGCCACGAAACCUCACGAAAAAGUUGAUGUGUUCGUUUGCGGAGGCUACAACGGAGAAGUGAUCCUGGGAGACGUCUGGAAGCUGAACCUGCAGACGUUCCAGUGGGUCAAGCUGCCGGCUGCCAUGCCUGAACCCGUGUAUUUCCACUGUGCUGCUGUCACGCCCGCUGGUUGCAUGUACGUUCACGGCGGCGUGGUCAACAUCCAGGAAAACAAACGGACUGGCUCGCUCUUCAAAAUAUGGCUGGUGGUGCCCAGCCUGCUGGAACUGUCCUGGGAGAAGCUCCUCGGCUACUUCCCUCACCUAGCAACCCUCUCCAGAUCUCAGCUUUUGCACCUUGGACUGACGCAGGGACUCGUUGAGCGACUAAAAUGA